AUGCGGAUGAUGGCUGUCGCGGUGGUGGGCCGCAAGAACCAGCUCCAGUUUUUGCAUCGAGUGCCUGAGCUGGACGAGGUGACCUGCCAGCAAUAUCUCUUUGCCAAUCUCGACGUGAUCGAGGAUAAGAAUGCGUGCACCGCCGCUGUGAUAGGCUUGAUCGUCAGCAAAUCCGACUCUGAGAAGAGGGAAUGUUUUCUCGGCGGCAUGCUCCCCCAAGAUGACAUGCGCUGCGUCCGCAUCGCAUUAGGGCUGGUCAUGGCCAGCGCACUGGUGCGCCGCCUGAGGGCGCAGGUGCACCAGAGGACGGGUUUACCUGCACUGGCUCGCAGCCAGCCCUGCACACGCCGCUACGCUGCCAAGCCACAGCCUCUGCAGAAAGACCUGGCCUUGCUUGAGGCAGACAAGGUCCGCAACUUUAGCAUCAUCGCCCAUAUCGACCACGGCAAGAGCACGAUUGCGGACCGAAUCCUUGAGCUCACCGGCACCAUCUCCAAAACAGGCAGCAACAAACAGGUCGGUGCCUCCCCACCUACACAAAUGGCAACGCGCUUGUCUCACAAUGAUGUCAUAAUGGCUCGACCCCAGGUCCUUGAUAAGCUGCAAGUCGAGCGUGAGCGUGGCAUCACAGUCAAGGCACAGACAGCGACUUCAUUUUACACCCACGAGGGUGUGGAAUACAUGCUGAACCUGAUUGACACACCCGGGCACGUUGACUUUAGCUACGAGGUGUCUUGCAGCCUGGCUGCCUGUCAAGGCACCAUCCUGGUCGUCGAUGCUGCACAGGGUGUGCAAGCCCAAACCCUCGCCAAUUUCUUCCUAGCCUUUGAAAAGGACCUUACCGUCAUUCCCGUUCUCAAUAAGAUUGAUCUACCCGGUGCUGAGGUUGAGCGUUGCAAAGCCCAAAUGGAAUCGCUCUUUGAUAUUGCCCCCGAGGACGUCAUCCUUGUUUCAGGCAAGACCGGCUUGAACAUUGAACAAAUUCUUCACCAUGUCAUCCAACGCGUACCGCCCCCGAGUGCGGACCGUGAGGCCCCGCUGCGUGCUUUAGUUUUCGACAGCUGGUAUGACGAAUACCGAGGGGUGAUUGCCCUUGUUGAGCUGAUGGACGGUCGUAUGCGGCCAGGGGACCGCUUGACCUCUGCGGCCACCAACCUCAGCUACGAGGUGCAAGAACUUGGUGUCAUGUAUCCAGAGCAACGACCAACAGAUGGACUCUACGCUGGCCAAGUUGGUUACGUUGUUUGCAACAUCAAGGACCGCCAAGAAGUGCGCGUAGGCGAUACAUUCUACCAACGUGGCAAACCCGUGCAAGCUUUGCCUGGCUUCAAACCAGCCAAAGCCAUGGUCUUCUCAGGCCUUUAUCCUGUCGCUCAGAUUGAUUAUGAGGCUUUGUCGGCUGCUCUGGACCGUCUCGUACUCAACGAUCCUGCCGUCAGCGUGGCCCGAGAUGUCAAUGCAGCCCUCGGGCCUGGUUGGCGUCUUGGAUUUUUGGGCAUCCUGCACAUGGAGGUCUUUUCUCAGCGCCUCGAGCAGGAGUAUGAUAUCCAAGUUUUGUUGACAUCCCCCUCAGUCUGUUUCAGGGUGCACACGAAACAAGGCGAGCUCCUCGAGGUGGAAUCUCCCGACAAGUUUCCGGCAUUGGCUGACAUCGACUUUUGUGAAGAACCCAUGGUCAUGGGUACAAUCGUUCACCCCCAAGAGUACACGGGUGCCAUGCUCUCCCUCUGUGAGGACCAUCGUGGCGUGCAAAAGAUCAAAUCAGCUUCCUCGGGCUAUGCCACAUUUGACUAUGAAGAGAUUGGCUACAAGGUGUCAGACAUUGUCAAAGUGCAAAUCAUGCUCAACGGUGAUCCUGUGGACGCACUGUCUAUCAUGACCCAUGGAUCGCGCGCCUUUUCCAAAGGCAAGGCCUUGUGCCAGCGGCUCAAGGAAACCAUCCCCCGGUUAGUCGAUAGACCCAACGUAGGCCAGUGGAUUGAUCCGCAUUGGUGGGCCGGGUGGGGGGGGGGGGGGAGGGGCACCCAUCAGCUCGAAGUUCUGGGUUCCCAUGACCACAACCCUCACAUCGCCCUGCAUGAUAGCCAACUGGUGGAGAUUGCUAUUCAAGCGUCUGCCAAGAACAAAAUCAUUGCCCGUGAGACUGUGCGCCCUUUCCGAAAGGAUGUGACGGCCAAGUGUUAUGGUGGUGAUAUCACACGGAAAAAGAAGCUGCUGUCUCGCCAGAAGGAGGGCAAAAAGCGCAUGCGCGCCAUCAACUCGAUUCAGCUGCCCAAGGUAUGA